AUGGAUGAUGUGCUCAUGAAAGGUCCGUACACCAUACGGAACAUGCUGAUGUUGUUAGCUGAAUGGAAACCAAAUUUCAACUUGAAGAAUGAUAUGAUGCGUACUAUCCCUAUUUGGAUUAAACUGCCUCAAUUGCCACUGCACCUAUGGGGAGCAAAAAAUCGGGCAAAAAUAGCGAGUGUGUUGCGAACCCCAUUGAUGACUGAUGAAUGCACCGCGAACAGAUAUCGAAUCUCAUAUGCUAGAGUCCUAGUAGAAAUCGAUAUCACACAAGCAGUCAUUACUGAGAUAGCUAUAACAGAUGAAAAAGGGGAGAAGAUGCAACAACAGGUAGAAUAUGAGUGGCGGCCUCCAUACUGCACUAAAUGUCAGCGUAUCGGGGAAAAAUGUGAGGAGAAGCAACCAAAAAAUCCAUUAAAGCAGUGGAUUCCCAAACAGAAGAAGAAUCAAAAUGAUAAGAUAGCUUCCAAUGAAGAUGAAACCUUGAAGACACCUACACAAAAAACCAGCAGUACAGGAACAUCCAAAAGCCGGGGCAAUCGUGCAAACGAAAACCAGUAA